ACAACAAAAAAAUCCCAGACAGAUAUCAAUCUUCUCUAAUCUUGUAAGGGAAGCUUGUAUCUUCACUUCCUCUGCUAAGCUUCUUCUUCAGGUCUCUAUCCUUCUUUGAUCUUAGCUGAUUGUUUCUCAGCUUGUUACCCUCAAUCGGAUGAUGAUGAGUUCUUUGAGGGAAACGAGCUGACCUCCACUCUUAUCUCUUUGUUUUCAUCUAAUUCCAAUGAAAAGUUCAGCUGAUAAAUGUUGCUCGAUAAUGAAGACGAAUCUCUGAGGGUACUAGUUGGUCUUCGCUAUUCUCACUGUGGAUCUAAGGAUAGAAUCACUUUUCUUGAAUACAUCAUAUCUGGCUUUGCAUUGACAAACAAGGUUGAAAUGCCACUGAUCUCUGCAUCCCCUUUUCAAAAUCUUCACGAGACUCACUCUACGGAUCAGCACAACUGGAAUAAGGUACCGAAGUUCGAUUUGCUGAUCCACCUGUUUAGGAUAUUUGCUGCGUCGUUGACAGUGCUUCUUUGUUCGAAGCUUGUAUUUUGGUACCGAAGUUCGAUUUGCUGAUCCACCUGUUUAGGAUAUUUGCUGCGUCGUUGACAGUGCUCCUUUGUUCGGAGCUUGUAUUUUGGUACUGACUUUAUCUCUGUAUAUUUGGAUUUGUUGGUCAGGGGUACGACGGGGCCCUGUCCUGUCAUAUGACUAUGCUAUCAUCUGUAGAGGUUUGUAGACAGAGUUAUGUUGUGGGUUUUUUAUAUAUGUUUUGGGUUGAGUGUGUUUCG